GGCAUCCGUGUCCUCGCUGCGACGACGCGUCGUCACCGUCGUCGUCGUCGCCGUCGUCGUCGUCGUCGUCGCCGUCGUCGUCGUCGUCGCCGUCGUCGUCGUCGUCGCCGUCGUCGUCGUACUUAGAAAUGGCACUGUCCAGCCGUGUUGCUUUCUACUUUCGAGAAGAAACAAGCGCGGCAGCGACACCGGAUGGGCCCCGGUCGAUCUCGGGAAAUCCAUACUUUUGAGAAGCUGGAUUGUCGACGGACAACGUCGCUAGACCAAGAAGAAAAAGAGGAAGAGGAAGAGGCGGCACGCGGUCGAAUCCACCCGUUGGCGACGCGACGAUCGUUCAAAUUUGACAUGUGACCGCCAGAGCAGUGUCUCGCGUUUACGUAAGUUGUCUCUCUCGGGAAUUCGGAGACGCUCCGUUUCCCGAUCGUAUCCCGUGCUCGCGAAGGUACGCUGAUCUGUUGACGAGUGUGGUGUGCGAGAAUCCUCUUUCCCCGCGUGCAUCGUCUCCGUUCGACGUCGGAGGUAAAAGGAAAGCUCCGAACGUCGCUCGCUCGCUCGAUCGAUGACAUCGCGACGGACAGCUGUGUCGCCAUGCCAUUUGACAGCCCCGUGUAACCGAUCCGCCGAGGCUUAACCUCAAAACUCGCGCGAGGUGUGUCGAAACCCGCGACGUCGAGCCCUUAGGGCCGACGUGGCCGCGCGGAGUGUCAUCGUCGUCGUCGUUGUCGUCGUCGUCGUCGUUCGGUCUUCCUCCUGUGGAUGGGAGGCGAGCAGCGACUCUUCUGAUCUCCUCGUUGGGAUCAAUCGUCGCGAGGAACCCAUCGCGGGGCCAUCUUUCUCGUCGUGCGCGAAAAUUGAGUGCGAGAAAUCUCGAGGACACUUCGCACCGCGUUACAUCGAUAGAUCCGUGCGCGUGUCCCCUCUCCCAAGACGACUUUCCUCGUCUCUGUCUAGCUCGAGCACCUCUAGGCUCUUCUCCACGUUAACUGAAAAUCCUAAAUUGGCGGCUCUAGAUUAACCAGUCCUCUUCUAAACCGCGAUCCUAUCUCCAGGGAGGUACGAAGAGGAGGUGGGCCUCGAUCGAAACAACUCGGGAGGCUCAACGAUUCGAUCUCGACGUCUCGUCGCGCUCGUCUUCAAUGCGGCACGGAUCCUUGUUGACGGAUACGCAAACACGACGGCCCUUUCGAGGCACGGUGGCGGCCCUUGAAGGAUAAGAGAGAAGAAGGGGAGAGAUGACGAGGGAGCCAUGAGCACGGCGGACACCGCGCUGUCAAUCUCGAUCAAGAUGGCCCCAGGGCCGGAACAUCGUCAGGAACCGGUAGCUCCUGACAAAAUCGCCGAGAGCGAUCGUGUCGCCGCCGCCGACGCCGCCGUCGCUGUCGCCGCGGCUGCCGCUGCCGCCGCCGCUGCUGCCGCCGCCGCCGCCGAUGUCGUUAUCGAUGUAGAGAACGUCAAUGCCGCAUCGACGACCGGUAACGGCAACGACAAUAACGAUAACAACAACGACGACGACGACGACGACCCCGCCGCCGCCGCCGCCGCCGCUGCCGCCGUCGCCAUCGCCAUCGUCGCGGAGCAAAGUUCGAACAUCGAGAUCGCCCCGGCUGCUAACCUUGCCGCUGGCGCCGCCGACUCGAUCAGCCAAGGCUCGCCGCCGAACAGCGGCGCCGAUAGCAAACAGGAAGAACCAGCAACCCUGUCUAUGUUAAAUGAUAAUGAGUUACGCGCCCUGCUGGAUGAAGCUAUAACAUACAAGCGUCCGAAAGAUCGGGAAGGAAAAUCCAGUCUUUUUAAAGAACUUUUGCAAGAGGCAGAAGCGGAUGAGACUGAAGAAGGCCGUAGAGUGAUAUCUAAUUCACGCUGUCUUCCGGGCUCAAAUCGCAGAAGACAUAAACGAGAAUCUGUAUCCGAACGUUUGACACAUGGCGGAUCGUUGCAAAAUUUAGCCCAGCCUUUAGCCUCGGAAUUCGACAGUAGUUUUGCUUAUCUGACAUCUAGCUCUUGUCAUACUUACGGAAGCAGUAGGAGAAAGAACAAAAAGUAUACAGGACCUAGUGUCUCCGCUAGACAGAGGGAAGGUGGCUCGUUACCAUCGAAUGUAAAUGCAUCGCAUAAUCUUGCUUCUUUGGCUAAUUUAGAUCUAAUAUUCGAUAAGAAGAAGAGUUUCUGCGAGGAAAGAUCGGCUUAUGACUGGACUAAUAAGGAAAAAUCCAAGUCCUUAGACAAACCAUCGUCAUAUACCAAUAUAAAGAAGGACGAAAAGGAGAAAGACAAGAAAGAACUGAAAAAAGACGCUAAUAGUUCCGUCGAGGCUGAGCCCGAAACACGAGAGAAACGGGUCAACAAAGGAAAAUACGGAACAAAUGAGAUGCUGGAGUCAGAUAAUCCACCUCCGGAAUAUAAAUCGGAUUACAUGGUUAUCGACCUGGGCGACGUUGAGGUAGGGGCGAUCAGUGAAAGAAAUGUAGGGUCUACGGCGAGUGGGAUUCAGAGGCCUCGCUCAUUAGACACUGAAAAUGACGAAGGGACCGAAUUGAAAAUUAUUGAGCCGCGCAAACCGAUUCAAUAUAUUACACGGGCAACUUUCGAUAUAACCCAAACACCUGUGGAUACCAGUAUAGAAUUUCCCAUACGCGAUCACAAACAAGAGAAAUCAAAAAUGUCUGUUAAUGGUACGGAUGUAACGGGGGCAUUGUUUCAACCGCACAACAACGUAAAAUGCAGUGGGGCUUCAAAUGGUUCUAGCGCGGGCCAGAGCAAAAUUGUACCUGGUAUACCCAGCGUUAUGAUGCCGACAUCUUGGCAAACGCAGAAUAUAACAAUGGAAGGUCCCAGGUAUACAACGCAGCACAUCACGAUGAAGGAUCCAUCCGUCUCAGGAGAGAAAAAGUCGUUGGAUGAAAACGGAAACGCUGUACAGACUUAUAACGGUGAACGGAAGAAGCCCAGAAGAAAACACACUCAGGAACACAAUGUCAAGGUUUACAACGCCGAAAAUGUUGAGGGCCAUCGUAACGAGGAUAUCGACAGUCUAAUUAACUUCAUUGAAAAUAAAGAAUCCAAGAGCAAAAAGGGAAAGACCGGUAAUCCCGUUAGAGUAAAAACUAGUACUGGUACAAAACCGAGAACCAGAGAGAAGGAUACGAAGAGAGAACAGUUGCCCUCCAAGUUAAAGAAGUCUAAUUCCUUGGAAGAGAUCUCGAAGACGAAAUUAGAGGAUCUUACGACGGAGAAGAGCGUCAGUUCCAGUGGUGCCAGCAGCGUGUCCAGUCAACACGGCGUAAAUAUAGCAUUGCGACGUCCAAAGCAAAGAAGUAUCGGAGAUGCGACAGUUGAUAGUCGAGGCGACAGACGAUCUUGGGGAACAGAGGAAGGUCAAUCGAUAUAUUGCAACGACACGGGAGAAGAUUACAUGAGUCGUCGUAAUUCCAACAAAAAAAUUAAUCCAGAGCCGGAACAUGAGACGGAGUUUCUGGUAGUUACUAAGAAGAAAAAGAGUAAGAAGCAGAGAAGAAGCUCCAGCGGCGGUAGGGCGCAAAACCUGACGACAUCGGGAUCGUAUCUCCAGAAUUCCAGAGGAUUUGCUAACGAUUACAGGACACCUCUUUCUCCCGAACUCCGAAGAAAAUCGGCUAGCAGUAUGCCUCCGAGCGACAAAUCUGCAGAUAGUAGCGAUUUGGAUUCAGUUCAUUCGUUGCCAGUUACGUCGAAUACCUCGAAACACAAUUUGUCCAAAGUCGCGACAUCGUCGGGUGGCACUCCACAAGCGAGUUACGCGGAUAUAGCGCGCAUGGCUACUAUUAACAUGACGCAUAAUCUGACCAUGUCCGCCAUGUUGAAUACGUCGUCAUGGCCCAGUGUUCCGCCUAAGACUCUUUCGGAACCGGAUAAAGUGCCUCAAGAUUAUUAUCCGAGUUUAGACGAGUUACAACAUCCGGAGAGGAAAGCGAGACAGCAACAGACUCCAUCGAACAAUGCAGCAGCGAGUUUGACUCUGGCUUUCGAGAAGCCACUUUCGCCGACUCUGAAAAUGAAAAAUUCGUCGGAUAGAAAGAAAGCUGAAGCUCAGGAAGAGGCCAUCAAUAAGAACAUUCAAGUGUUUAAAUAUGUGCAAGAUAUCGAGAAGAUGCACGAAAGCCUAACGCAAACGACGGAACAGAAAGAACAAAAACAUGGGUCUUCUAGUAAUUACAGUUCGAAUUCAAACGAGACUACCGCGACGAAUGUCGUAACGCCAAGAUACAAUAAUAAUAGUACAACGAUGAAUUAUAAUCCAGUCGAUACCGAUAAUCCUAACUGCAUCAUCAACAAUAAAGAUUCUGUUACGUUUCCACGAGUUCCUCGCACUCGUAGGAGUUACGUACACAGUAAUCAAAAUGUACAAACUCAGGGAUCACACGAAGAACAACACGUUAAAAAGCCUGUAACGUCUUACCACGAGGAAAUGGUGAAAAAGUCGCAUAAUGCCGAGACUUCGCAGUCCGAAAGUAGAACUAAUCCAACGAUUGCGUCGCACGACAGCACGGACACGCAAAAGUUAAAAACUGCGAAACUUAUACAAGAUUUGCAGAGCGUCGAGCCCGAAUCUGGGAGUAACAAGACGCUCAGCAGCGAUUCGAGAACAGCGAGGGUCGUGAAGGAGUAUCAGAACACAGCAAUGAAACACGAUGCGGUGAAAGUGGGGGUCUGUCAGCCGCAAAACUCGAAACAAGAUAAUCAACAGCGCGACGAUGCUGAAAAUAGGAAAGCAAAGUCACAGAAUGCGCAGCCCGAUAAAGACCAGUCGCAGAAACCGUCCGCGGAGACAAAGAGUUCGGCUCCUAGACCGGCGGUAAUCUUACUGGACGAGACCUCCUCGGACAUCGCGAAGAACAACAAUCUACCGAUCGAGCUCACGUUCGGCUUCGAAAUAAACGAGCAGCUGUUGCUAUCGGAGGAUAAUGGCAACGAAGAGACUCCGACGAUCGUGGCAAACCCCGCUUUUCCACCGGCUGUACCACCACUCGUUAAUAAACCACCGCCCAGCAGUUUCGAGAGAAAUCUGCCAUUGUUCACUGAGAAACCUGUGAGGUUCGAUAAAUUCUCGUCAAAUUACCACAUACCACAGCCAAACGCUCAUCCCGUGACGCCUGUACAUCCAGUCAUGGUGCAACCCUUACCAUACAUGAACUAUCCCGCUGCCAGAUUCGCGCCACCCACGUAUCUCGCGCCACCCACGUAUCUGCCACCACCGCCUCCGCCGCCGCCUGGAAUCGUAGAGAAAUUUCACCCACCUAAGGAAGAUUUCUCUAUGCUCUACGUAGCGCCCGAGGAAGAGCUGAAUGUGCAGACGUAUAACCACGAUAAGAUUGUGUCGUUUGUUGGCUUGGCAUGGGAUGCUGUCAUGAGAGAAAUGCCAGUGACAACCGGUCGCAUACAGUUCUAUAGCGGUCAGUGAAGUGAGAAAGUUUUUGACGUGCCGAACGAAAUAGGCAAUGACAGUAACUUUUGUACUGGUAAAUCACUUCCAUUGCAAAUAGUUAGUUCGAUGAGUCUCGGAUCAGCAAUGAUACGCGAGACCAAGUACUUGUACGUGUUGCGUGCAUCGUUGCUUCUCUCGAGACGUGAAGUUCGUUCAAAGAGGAUCACUUGUCUUACUUGUUCGAGUCAAACGCUGAGUCAAUGCGUGAUUGGUGGAGUCGAGUGGUGCAAAGUGUGCCUCAAGAGAUAAUAAUAGCAAUGUACAUAUAAUCAGUUAACAAAACCGAAGAAUCGGAGAAAAAGGAUAAAGUGUAUAUUCCAGCAAUGUACAUUGUACUUGCGUAAAUUUCCAACGAUGGUGACAGUGUUGCAGAACUUCAGUAUUGACAAUUAGGAAUGUUUGAACAGAAAAUAUCUCUUAAAAAAGAGAAAGAAAGAGAUGUAUUCUGUUUCUUUGAAUAAAAGGAACUUGCAGCGUACGAGUCACGCGUGUACAUACGUCAGAUGUCUAUAAAUUUUUGAAGAUUGUCUUGAUUUAUAAUGGGUGUACAACUUUAAAAAAUGAUAAAAAGAAUACGCUACAAAAAGAUUUGUAAUAGCCAGGUCUACUAUGAAGCAAGUCUGGAUGAAAGAACUUCGUGCAUCAACAGUGGUAUUUCCUGGUACCUUUGGAGUUGCCAAUCUUUAGGCGAGUCAAUGGGAAAAUGUUGAAGAAGCCUGCAACUCUAAUCACAUCGAAUCGAGAAAUCUAUGAGAAGUAUAUUGUAGAAACAUCUGUAAGUAGUUUCGAACUCAUGAACUGGGACGAUAUUAAAUCGACAUCGGAAGAUUUAUGAAUCAGCGGGUUAUGAUCGGUGAGUUUAAAUAUGACGAAGAUCAAGAUAUAUACAGAUAUAUUGUACUUUAGUCGAUUAAUGCAAAUUAAAAUGUGCGGACUGUAAAUCAGAGAGAUGUAAAUGCGCGGUUGUGUAAUAUAUUGAGAUAGUGUGGUUGACUUAGAACUCAGAGUGGCUAUUUCUUCCAGUCGUGGAGCAUUCGAUAGCUUAAAAUAAUAGAAAAAAAGGUCACUAACUGAGUUUCGAAAAAUGUCAAAGUAAGCUCAAAGUCUGGUCAAAUGUCUGUGAAGAUAGAAUGCCGAGUGUGUCGGGAAACAUUAAAUUUUUACACAGACUUGCUUAUUUAAUAAAAGUAACUGAUAAUUAUUCAUAAUGAUAAUUAUAAGAAGAUGCUUGUGAUCAGUAAAAAUACAACGGUAUGAGUGCGUGUGUAUGUGUCCGUAAUUCGUGUAGCCUGUGUCGGGUGAUUGGAGAGUGAGAUUGCUGUUCGAUUGCAUUGGGGAGGGGGAGGGGGGGAGGAGGCGUUGCCCCGGGAAUACACGAAGAUAAUCCGUGUGCAUCGUAUUAAUGUAAUAUCGUUUGCUCAUUAAAUGUAACUCAACUUUCACAGAGCUCUACACGCGAGGUAUGUUCCCAGUUCCUAAAGCUUUCGUUUCGUCGAAUGUAUCUUACCAACGAAUGACAGUCCGUUGAUUUCCGAAACGCGCGCGGGGACUCUCUUACAUUUUCCUUCCUUUUUCGAGGCAUUGAUUUACAGGCGUAAUUAUAAAACGUAAACGCAUUACCAAUUUCGAUAAGGUAGGUGAAAGCAUACGUGCUGUGUAAUAUAGUGUAUGUAUAUACAAAAGUAUAUAUACGGGUGGGUCUUUUAAAUUAACUGGAGGUAAAAAGAAAAGAUAAAUAAGCCGUAUCUUAUAAAUUCGUAUGCCUGUAAAUGCCUAAAAAGAAAAAAAACUGAGCCUAAGAGAAAUAAAUAACGCAUGUAACUACUGCUGCUUUAACUACUGUAAUUGUACGGUUUUUAAAUAUAAGUCUAUGAAUUCUGUAACCUCAGGGUAACACUGUAAAUCCGCGGCAUUAUGCUCUAGAUAUAAAACUAAAUGGAUUAGGUAUUAAUCCUUUUGCGUUUUUUAAAGCUUAUUUUUACUUAAAGUUACAUUUUUCAAAUUGUUUCGCGAUGCCGUUUCUUAUUGCCUGUCGGGGCACGAAAGCACAUUCUAAUAUUCAUAAUGAUUCAAUUCUUACCGUUGUUCUCGCAUUGCGGAACAUGUCAUUCUAUUCAUGAGAGUAAAAUCUUCGUACAGCAGUCUCAUACAUCUACAUGGAGAACAGAAUGAAUGGGGUGCGCGAAUCAUAGAAACUUAUCGCCUUCAUAGGUAAUGAUAAAACAAAAAAAAAAAAUUAUCAUAUAGAUAAGUUUCAUAUGGAAACAUGAAAGAGAGAGUGUGUACUGUAUGUAGUAUUAUAACGCGAGUUAAUUAUGAUUAAUGAAUUAGGAUUGGUAAAAAAAAGUUUGUUAUAUAUCGUUCUUUCUUUGCGAAAAUAUCAAAAUUGUGUAAAAACGAAAAAAAAGAUAGCCGUGCUCCGUUGAUAAUUUUCAUUUUUGUCCAGUAUAUAGGAAGAUAGUUCCAGCUGGAAGUACAGCUUUCGAGAUAAGCGAGAAAAUUCGAGAUAUUUAAUUGUACGACGCAAGCGUUUAUCGCGCAUAUCGGAGAGUAACUCGGAAAAAAGAGGAACAACCCGUAUAGCCGCAGCUAAAAUAUUUGUCACGAACCUGACGAAGUGUAUCUCAAAAGUGACUCUCCCCCUCCUCUCCUUUUUUAACAACUUCGCAGAAGAGACCCGCUUUUGACGUUUUUACGCUGACGUCCACGCCUUUAGCUAUUUUCUUCUCCUUUUUUUUUCCAAUCACAUUUUUACAUUCAGUUGCCAAUGUCGACGAGUUACAUUCCAAACGUGUAAUCGCGGGAACCGCCUUUCGACGCUCCUUCGACCGAAAGUCGAAACUUUCUUUUAAUCUCCCCUUGUGCUUCUCCCAGAUUCUUUUCUUCUCCAAGUGGAAUUGCUCCAAUGGAGAAUGUGCUGGACUGCACGAUUUAUUUUAUUUAUUUUAUCCCUCUUUUUUUUUUAUUUUACACACUUAUGUGUACACACACACGUGCGCGCACCUCUCUCGACACGCUGCACGCUCGCGAACGAUCUCGCGAUACACCGACUAUUACUUUGACUGAAUCGCCUAAGCACAGCUCGCGUUGCCUCUCACGCGGACGGUAGCCUCUUUUUCCGAGCUACUUUGACUCCACACACGCGAAGAAAAACUACAAUUCAAAAACGUAAAAAAAAAGAAAAGAAACAGAGUCAGGUGCUCCACUCGCCUUAAAUGCAACUGAAUGCAGUCUCAGCCUGUGCCAUGUUGACCGGUUCAAAUGGCUAAGUGAUAAGAGUUCGCGAAGACUAGUGCAAAUGUACUUGUGGAGGACUAAGCGAGGAAAGAAAGAAGAUAGGACCAUUUAAACAGUGUACAUAGCGAGUGUGGGGCGGCGGCUACGCCAAUCCCUCCCCGUGUCACACACACAUGUAGAAUAUACAUAAUAAUUACUUAACAUUUCUUUUUUUUUUUCUUUAUUCGAUGGACACGAACACACGUACACGUGGGAAAGCGCGGACAUUCGUUGCCAGACCGGCCGGGACCGACUUUUGUCUCUUCGAUCUCUGCAUCGCGCGAUCAGGAUCAGGCGGUUAACGACGAGUAGACGCAACUCGAGAGAGAAACAAUGAGACGACGACGAGGGAGGAAAGAAAGAGAAGGACGAGCGAACACGUAACAAAGAGAAAAAAGAAAAUAUAAAAAAAAGGGAAAGAAAUGCUAAGUUACACACAAACACCUGUACGCUCCCCUUGGUUCCCUGCCUACCCCCCUUACUGUUUUCGUUUAUAAGCGUUUAUGAGAAAAAAUAAAUAUAUGUUUAUUUUCUUUCAUAUGUCGAGCUGCAUUCAUUACAGAGGAAACUGUUUUAACGCGUGUUUCCUGCUCUGAAAACGCCGUCGGAAGUGUCUCACUCGAAUCCGCACAGUGUCCCUUUAAUCUUUCCAGAUGCUUCCCCUUUUGUUGGUAUCAGCUGUCGUUAAUCGCUCGCUCGCUCGCGUGCGCGCGUGCAAGACGAAAAUGCGAGAUCCAUCCGGAUCUUCCGAUGUUCGCUGCACCCGGCAGUCGGAUUGUCGCGACUACCUCGGGAGAUAGUUACGCGCAGCUGGCUGCUUCACCGGAACGGAGAACGCAGAACGAGGAGCAAAAGUACCUUCCCGACGGUCUCGAGAGAGAGAGAAAAAAAAAAUCGAAUAGCGACGACCUCGACGCUAGUCCCGCGCCGCUAUACAAUUUGUUACUCGAUGAAACGAUUCUCCUCUCGUAUUGUACAUACGACGCUGUAUGAUAUAACACUGUAUGAUUAUUACCAACGCUACGGCAGAAUUAUUCAAUUAAGAUUACAAUUAAUGCCGCUAUUAUUAGUGAGAUAAUAAAUGAGAGAACGAGUGAGUGUGAGCGUGAGAGGCUGCGUGUAUCGAACUGCGAGCUAAUCUUGCGUGUGCGUGAAAGGCUGUGCUGUCCAGCUGUAAAAAAAAAAACCUUAACAAUGUGAGCGUGUGUUUGUUGCCAAAGUUCCCCCUUUCGCGAGCGUGAGGUGUACGGUGAUAUCUGAUUGUUGGGUUGUAUCGCAUUGCCGGAGCUUCUUCGUCCCGGGGUGGCAGAUCAAAAGCCAACGUUCGUCGCCUUCUCCGGAAAACAGAAGCGGUGCUGGACUUUCCUCUUCUCUUCUCAGAGCUGAAGCUACACGAAGAGAGAAGAAAAUCCCGUCUUCGUCUGCUUAAUUCUGACGCUACGAUGAUGAUUUCGCAACUUCUUUUUCCCGGAACCGAGAGUUCUCAGAGAUUCCGUGUAUAAAUCUGUCUUGACAGAUCACCCAGGAGUACGACUCUCCGUCGAGCGUUAUUGCAGAGAUAUCCGGAGAAAGGCGACUUUCUUCCGAGGCUUCUUUCUGUAAGAAGAUUAACGUUCCAUUAGGAUGUUAAUAUUAAGACGUCGAAGUCGUCCGACCCGCGUCGACCCAAACAAGACAGCGUAAUAUCGCCUGCGCGCUAUAUUUUUCCGUUGAACGACGACAGAUUAUUAAAGUACCACCGUACGAGAGGGAAAAUUGUAACGUCGAGAGAAAGUGAAAAAAAUACCGAGAGACAGGGUGCGGCAGAAAAAAAAUCCAGAGGGGUCGUUACGAAGAAAACGAAGAGAUAUAUCACGAUUUAUUCUCAGGUGAUGUAUUCACACACACGGCAAUACGUGUGGCUUAUUAUUUUGUUACUAACUUGUCGGAUGUAACGUCGAAGCUAUCAUGGACCACGGAUGCGAAGGGUCGUUCGGAAUCGUUGCCAUGGAAUAUGAAAGAAUAUGCUGAAGUAUGUAUGAAUGAGAGUGGCAGUGAGAGAGAGAGAGAGAGUGAGAGGGGAAGAGGGAGAACGAAGGAGCGAAUAAACGUUCGCUACUUCUGCGAGAGAGAGAGAGAAUUCCGACCCUCCCUGGAUGUGUAUUCAGAGAGAGGAAAGCGUGUAGUGUCCGCCAUUUGGCCUUUAUGCUGUCUUACUUGCGAUUUCGUACAAGCUUUGCGUGCAAUACUGUGAUAAAAGAAAAAAGAAUGAGUCGUUCUCUAUUUCUCUUCGUCCUUUCUCCUUUUUGAAGCGCAUGCACAUACAAUGUGAGAGAUCGGCGCACGUAUAUAUAAAAUAUAUAUAUAUAUGUCGGGA